AUGGUGAAAAGAAACCAAAGCGCACCGAUCAAGGCAGCGGUGAGCUCAACGUCGAAGCGCAAAGUAAGGCUUUGGUACAAGAUAGUUGAGAAAGAUGAUGAAGAAGAGGAAGCGAGAAAUCAACACGAGGCGGGAAAUGGCGAGGUUUAA